CCUCCGCGGAGCAGGGGCCGCCCCGGGCCGGCUCGGCCCCGAGCGCGGGCGAUGUGCAGCUAACGGUCCCGUCGGGCGGGCUUUCCUCGGGCCAGAGGCGCGGGAGGUGCGCCCCAGCUAUGCGGUGUCCCGGGAGACGGCGGGCAUGACGGCGACAGGAUGGGCGCGAACAAUGGCAAACAGUACGGCAGUGAGGGCAAAGGCAGCUCAAGCAUCUCAUCCGACGUGAGUUCCAGUACGGAUCACACGCCCACCAAAGCCCAAAAGAAUGUGGCCACUAGCGAAGACUCCGACCUGAGCAUGCGCACACUGAGCACGCCCAGCCCAGCCUUGAUAUGUCCACCCACCCUGCCAGGAUUCCAGAAUGGAAGGGGCUCGUCCACCUCCUCGUCCUCCGUCACCGGGGAGACGGUGGCCAUGGUCCACUCCCCGCCCCCGACCCGUCUCACGCACCCGCUCAUCCGGCUCGCUGGCAGACCCCAGAAGGAGCAGGCCAGCAUAGACCGCCUCCCCGACCACUCCAUGGUGCACAUCUUCUCCUUCCUGCCCACCAACCAGCUGUGCCGCUGCGCGCGCGUGUGCCGCCGCUGGUACAACCUGGCGUGGGACCCGCGCCUCUGGAGGACGAUCCGCCUGACGGGCGAGACAGUGCAUGUGGACCGCGCUCUCAAGGUGCUGACCCGCAGGCUCUGCCAGGACACCCCCAACGUCUGCCUCAUGCUGGAAACGGUCAUCGUCAGCGGCUGCCGGCGGCUCACGGACAGAGGGCUUUACACCAUCGCCCAGUGCUGCCCGGAACUGAGGCGCUUGGAAGUCUCAGGCUGCUACAAUAUCUCCAACGAGGCCGUCUUCGACGUGGUGUCCCUCUGCCCCAACCUGGAGCACCUGGACGUGUCAGGGUGCUCCAAAGUGACCUGCAUCAGCUUGACCCGGGAGGCCUCCAUUAAACUGUCCCCCUUGCAUGGCAAACAGAUUUCCAUCCGCUACCUGGACAUGACGGACUGCUUCGUGCUGGAGGACGAGGGCCUGCACACGAUCGCGGCGCACUGCACGCAGCUCACGCACCUGUACCUGCGGCGCUGUGUCCGCCUCACCGACGAGGGCCUGCGCUACCUGGUCAUCUACUGCACGUCCAUCAAGGAGCUGAGCGUCAGCGACUGCCGCUUCGUCAGCGACUUCGGCCUGCGGGAGAUCGCCAAGCUGGAGUCGCGCCUGCGGUACCUCAGCAUCGCGCACUGCAGCCGGGUCACCGACGUGGGCAUCCGCUACAUCUCCAAGUACUGCAGCAAGCUGCGCUACCUCAACGCAAGGGGCUGCGAGGGCAUCACGGACCACGGCGUGGAGUACCUUGCCAAGAACUGCGCGAAGCUCAAGUCUCUGGACAUCGGCAAGUGCCCUUUGGUGUCCGACACGGGCCUGGAGUGCCUGGCCCUGAACUGCUUCAACCUCAAGCGGCUGAGCCUGAAAUCUUGCGAGAGCAUCACGGGCCAAGGCUUGCAGGUCGUGGCUGCCAACUGCUUCGACCUGCAGAUGCUAAACGUGCAGGACUGCGAGGUGUCCGUGGAGGCGCUGAGGUUCGUGAAACGGCACUGCAAGCGCUGCGUUAUCGAGCACACCAACCCUGCCUUCUUCUGAGGGGACAGCGUAGUUUUUCACUUUACAAACACGAACCAGAGGGAAUGUUCUGUUAAACCACUGACACCCAGUGUCAGCGGCUGUUCUUCUAGAAAGGCUCUUAGGAAUCUGGCUUUUAUUUUUUCCUUCUUGUUCAUGGGCAACAGAAGUCAAAGCAACGGAGGGGGAGGGAAAACAUUUCUGUGAGGGCAAAGCGUUGGGUUUUGGGUCAUUUGUAGACAGUUUCUUUUCUCAGCAAGCUGAUUUUGAUGUAUGUAAUACUCCCUCCUCCUUCACACACACACACACACACACACACACACACACACACACACCCUCCUGGACACUGCAGCACCUCUAAAGUGCCACAUCCCCACCCCUUUUGCCCCAACUGUAAAUGCAACAAAAAGUAUAAGAAUGAUAAUGCUCUCCAGACUCCUCUUUAAGAUCCUGCUUGGCCCAGGCCCUACACAACAAUCCCUGGCCACCAAAAGGGAUGGUUAGAUCUGUGGAGUCACCUUGCAUAUAAAGAGAGCUCCCAGCUCUUUACUAACAGCCCCUGAAGUCAAGCAGCAGCAUGGUGAAAUAGAGCCCUGUGCUCUUUCCCCAGCUCUGCCCUAACCACUUGUGCUCCCUUGGUAAAGCACUUCACUUCUGUGGGGCUUUGGCUUCCAGCAUCUGAGGCCAUCCUGCAGAAGGGGGAUUACACUCCUGAUCUGAGAAUUGACCACAGAGGUACUGAUAAACAAAAGAACCUUGAUAGAGAACGUGGGCAUCUAUCUCUUGUGACAGAAUAGAUCCUGUGGAUGGGCUUUGCUCUGCAGAGCUUCUGCGGUGCCAGCCUCGGUGGGCAAAGUGUCCUCCAGGUCCCUUUGCUCCACUCUGAGCACCAGGUUGGAUGGGGUCUGGAUGGUUGGUGUGCAGGGCUCUUGCUGGAUGUCCUGGUUUGUGACCAGGGUACUUUCAGCAUUCCACACUCCACACAGCUUAUCAAAGCACCGGAACAUCUCAUCGAGGUGAAGCUUCAGGCUGCCUCUUAGGGGGUGUUUUCAAAUAGCAAGAAAGACCUUCAUAAUUUUUCAAUUAACAAGCCAGACCAGGAGAACACGUAGCCUCAAAGGUUUUGCUAAUCCCUCUUAGUGCACAUGUGGCACACAUCAGGCACAGCUGUCCUGCAGCUGGCAAGGACAGCUGCCUGGGUUCUUUGUCAUUCGGAUGUGUUUUGACUCUUUGCAUCUAUUUAUUUCUUUAUGUACCAGACUUCAUCACAUGAAGCCUCUUGGGGUUACAUUUGUAAGUGUUUAAUUGUGCAAAUUGCCACCUCCUGUGUCACCCCCUUGGCUGGCUGGGUUUUUUCCCAUUUCCAUUAGAGAAUGCAAUGCAGAUUUCUAGGUGUUUAAAUCCUGUUCCCUCAGAAGUGUCUGACAAAUAGAAGAAGGAGCACAGUGAUGAGACAGAUGUUGGUCCACCAACCAAGCCCUUGAAUAAAAUAUUUAAAUCACUACCAAAUAUGAAUUUUAAGUGGAUGGAGUUGAAAAUGAUCCCUUGGGGAUAGAAAUCAAUUUGGUGGCUUCAUGCAUGGGAAAUCAGGUAGCCAGAAGAAAUUUCACUGUGCAUUUUCAGGCAAUUCCAUUGUCCUUUGUUAGUCAGUUGAGGACCUUCCUCACAUUCACCUCCCAGCCACACUGCCGCUUCCUUGUUGCUGAGACUGCUCACUCAUUUCUUGCUCUGAGGGUUCCCGGUCCAGUUUCGGAGUGUGUGCAUUCCCAAGGCAAGCGUGCUAAAUAUGUUUCAGAUCAAGCUUACACACUUCUUGACAACUGCACUCCCACUGUAGGCUCCCGUGCGUGUGUACUGUCUUGUGUUGGAAAGGAAGCGUUAGAGUGAUGCGAUACCCUCUGUCCAGGAGGUUUCUUUCAUAUGUCACAGGAAACGUGGCUUCCUGUGCAGCUAACAUCAACAGCUCAAGAGUGCAAUCAGGACCGUGUACUGUGGGGAAGGCGAAUCAUGUGCUUGGGGACUGUACUUCGCGAUAGCCACAGAGUUCAGAACCAUAAAAGUCAAAGGUAGCAUGACUUUGCUCUGUGUCCUGUGAUCCUAUUCAAAGGUUCUGAAUUUCAGAGCCACCAACUCACCUUUGAUACCAGAGUAUUCCAAAAGCACUGGUUUAUUCCUCCAGAAUGAGCAGGGACUUUUGCUCCCUGAGCCACUGUGACUGUCGCUGUCACCAGCACCUUGGCCACAUGACCCAAACUGUCUUCCGAGCACUAGAUGAAGCCGACUUUUCACACUGCCUGCCCCACACAUACUGUCUCCCGGGUUCUCCUUUUUCCCAGUCUCCUUCUUGUUCUGCUCUUCCUUAGGGUGUGAAUCCGUGGCAGAGGUUACUGGGAAACAGCUCAGCAGAUAUUCAGAGAUCAGGCAAAAGGUCUCUGUAGGAAACUUAUCUGUUUUAAAACAUUGCUUCCUUUCUGGCUCUGCUAAAUUGAAUGCUAAUUGUUGUUGUUGUUUAAUUCUGAUGUUCAAAUCACUUUGUGCUGUGUGACUCUAGAAAGCCUUAAUUUACUACCACCAAGAAAUAAAGCAAUAUGUUGGUAAGCA